GCUCCCAGCCCAGCCCGGGGGCCGCGCCGCCGCCCCCAGCGUCGCCUCUCGCCUGCCCGCCCGUCUUAAAUGUGACACCGGCGCCUCGGUGUGCGACCUGAAGCCGCCGCCGGGGAGGGGACGAGCACCAUGUCGAAUCUGAGCAAAGGCACGGGCAGCCGGAAGGACACCAAGAUGCGGAUCCGGGCCUUUCCGAUGACCAUGGAUGAAAAAUACGUAAACAGCAUUUGGGACCUUCUGAAAAAUGCAAUUCAAGAAAUCCAGCGUAAGAAUAACAGUGGUCUUAGUUUUGAGGAGCUCUAUAGAAAUGCAUAUACAAUGGUUUUGCAUAAACAUGGAGAAAAGCUCUACACUGGACUAAGAGAAGUUGUUACCGAACAUCUCAUAAAUAAGGUGCGAGAAGAUGUACUAAAUUCAUUGAAUAACAACUUUCUUCAAACGCUAAAUCAAGCUUGGAAUGAUCAUCAAACAGCUAUGGUGAUGAUUAGAGACAUACUAAUGUAUAUGGACCGUGUAUAUGUACAACAAAAUAAUGUGGAAAAUGUCUACAAUUUGGGAUUAAUUAUUUUUCGAGAUCAAGUUGUGCGUUACGGGUGUAUUAGGGAUCACCUACGGCAAACUCUGUUGGAUAUGAUUGCAAGAGAGCGGAAAGGAGAAGUUGUAGACAGAGGUGCAAUAAGAAAUGCUUGCCAGAUGUUAAUGAUUUUAGGUCUUGAAGGAAGAUCAGUUUAUGAAGAGGAUUUUGAGGCUCCUUUUUUGGAAAUGUCUGCAGAAUUUUUUCAGAUGGAAAGCCAGAAAUUUUUAGCAGAAAACAGUGCUUCAGUAUAUAUAAAGAAAGUGGAAGCUCGAAUUAAUGAAGAAAUAGAACGGGUGAUGCACUGCCUUGACAAAUCAACUGAAGAGCCAAUUGUAAAAGUGGUUGAAAGAGAACUCAUCUCUAAGCAUAUGAAGACUAUAGUAGAGAUGGAGAAUUCUGGGCUAGUACAUAUGUUGAAAAAUGGAAAGACAGAAGAUCUUGCUUGCAUGUACAAGCUAUUUAGUCGUGUGCCAAAUGGUUUGAAAACAAUGUGUGAGUGUAUGAGUUCCUAUUUGAGGGAGCAAGGUAAAGCUCUUGUUUCUGAGGAAGGAGAAGGAAAGAACCCUGUCGACUAUAUCCAGGGCUUAUUGGAUCUGAAGAGCAGGUUUGAUCGCUUUCUUCAGGAGUCAUUCAAUAAUGACCGGCUCUUUAAACAGACUAUUGCUGGUGACUUUGAGUAUUUUCUCAACCUCAACUCCAGGUCUCCUGAAUACCUCUCAUUAUUUAUUGAUGAUAAACUGAAAAAGGGAGUCAAAGGGCUAACAGAACAAGAAGUAGAAACAAUAUUGGAUAAGGCAAUGGUCCUUUUUAGGUUUAUGCAAGAAAAAGAUGUAUUUGAACGUUAUUAUAAGCAACACUUGGCAAGGAGACUUCUCACAAAUAAAAGUGUUUCUGAUGACUCUGAAAAAAACAUGAUAUCUAAGUUAAAGACUGAAUGUGGAUGUCAGUUCACAUCAAAACUGGAAGGGAUGUUUAGGGAUAUGAGCAUCUCAAACACAACUAUGGAUGAGUUCAGGCAGCAUCUACAGGCAACGGGGGUAUCUUUAGGUGGUGUUGAUCUCACAGUCCGGGUGCUCACGACGGGGUAUUGGCCCACUCAGUCAGCCACACCAAAGUGCAACAUCCCACCAGCACCAAGACAUGCUUUUGAGAUAUUCAGAAGGUUCUACUUGGCCAAACACAGUGGUCGACAGCUCACACUCCAACAUCAUAUGGGUUCUGCAGAUCUCAACGCCACCUUUUAUGGACCAGUUAAAAAGGAAGAUGGAUCUGAAGUUGGUGUUGGAGGUGCACAAGUAACUGGCUCUAAUACUCGGAAGCACAUACUGCAAGUCUCCACUUUCCAGAUGACCAUAUUAAUGCUCUUUAAUAAUAGAGAAAAAUAUACUUUUGAGGAAAUUCAACAAGAGACAGAUAUCCCUGAACGAGAACUUGUUAGAGCCCUACAAUCUCUCGCCUGUGGCAAACCAACACAGCGGGUUCUUACAAAAGAACCCAAGUCAAAGGAAAUAGAAAAUGGUCACAUAUUUACAGUUAACGAUCAGUUCACAUCCAAACUACACAGAGUCAAGAUUCAAACAGUUGCUGCCAAACAAGGUGAAUCCGACCCAGAAAGGAAAGAAACAAGGCAGAAAGUAGACGAUGACAGAAAACAUGAGAUAGAAGCUGCUAUAGUGCGAAUAAUGAAAUCUAGAAAGAAGAUGCAGCACAAUGUUCUAGUAGCAGAGGUAACUCAGCAGUUGAAGGCUCGAUUCUUACCAAGUCCAGUUGUUAUUAAGAAACGUAUUGAAGGACUUAUUGAGAGAGAAUAUUUGGCACGAACACCUGAGGAUCGCAAAGUAUACACAUAUGUAGCAUAAAAUGCGUUCAGAAAUUUGAUUUAUUCUUGGACUGUAUUCUUCGCAUGGACUGGGAAGUUCUUUUAAAUCAUUAAAUAUUAAGACGACCAUCUCUUCUAUUAAAUUACAGUACAUGUUCUAGACCAUUCAGAUCAAGCCUUUACUCCCUUUGAGAGUUUUCAACAUCAGUUGAUUGAGCUUCAGGCUUUACAACGUGUAUCCCUGUAGAGAUCAUCUUUACAGUUCCUCGGGAAAAUGUGAAUGUGCCGCGUUUUGUUUUCAAUACUGUAUGAAAACAGGAUAAAUAAAACAAAAAUUUAGAAAAUACAGCUCAUUAAAAUAAAAUUGUUGGAUUUCAUUUCCCCAGGUCUUCA